AUGUCUUCGACUCCAAAGAAGCGCCUGAAACCCAAGCCCAAACCCGAACCCCACUUUCAGUCUUCCCCUAAUUCGAUCGCGUCGCUAUUGGAACCAUCCCAAAGUUUAUUUCCCUCAAAGCACGACUUCCUUCGGCUCAUAGCAGUCCUCGCCAUCGCAUCCUCCGUUGCUCUCACCUGCAAUUUCUUGUCCUCCACUCUCACCGACCGCCACCGGAAGCCCUAUUGCGACAGCUCUCCCGACUCUCUCGACUUCCUCCCCGAUUCUUGUGAGCCUUGCCCAAGUAAUGGACAAUGUUAUGAAGGGAAAUUGGAUUGUCUUGAAGGAUAUAAAAAGCAUGGCAAGUUAUGCAUAGAAGAUGGAAGUAUUUAUGAUACAUCUAAGAAACUUGCAGAAAGGGUAGAAAUUCGUCUUUGUGAGGCGCUUGCUGAAUUUUUGUGCUAUGGAACUGGAACGAUUUGGGUCCAAGAGAAUGAUAUAUGGAAUGAUUUAGAUAAGCAAGAUCUGGUGGAACAUGUUGGCUCAGACAAUGUGAUUUAUAUGUAUAUGAAAGAAAGGACAAUGGAGACUGUCAAUAGAAUGUUGGACACGAGGACAAAUUCUCAUGGGGUCAAAGAGUUGAAGUGCCCUGACAUGCUAGCAGAGCAUUACAAACCAUUUUCCUGUCGCAUCCGACAAUGGAUUGCUGAGCAUGCAUUACUUGUUUAUUCAGUUUGCGCAUUGCUUGUGGGAUCGACAUUCAUCAUUUGGAAACUCCAGCGAAGAUGGCGUCUAGCAACUAGAGUUGAUGAGCUUUACCAACAGGUUUGUGAGAUACUUGAGGAGAAGGCCUUGAUGUCAAAGAGUGUGAAUGGUGAAUGCGAACCAUGGGUAGUUGCCUCUCGGUUGCGAGAUCAUCUACUUUUGCCAAAAGAGAGGAAGGACCCUAUAUUGUGGAAAAAGGUAGAAGAGUUGGUUCAGGAGGACUCUCAUGUAGAUCGUUAUCCAAUGUUGGUUAAGGGUGAAUCGAAAGUAGUAUGGGAAUGGCAAGUUGAAGGCUCUUUGAGCUCUUUGAGAAGAAUGAAAAAGGGGGAGUCUAGCACGUUGAAGUUGAGCAAAAGCACGGAAAGAAGUUCUGAUCAGCAUCUCCACUCACUCAAGGAUGAUGCUAAAGCACUGAAUUUUGAUACGGUGAUGUUGGAGCAGUGACCAUUAUCCCAUUGAGCAGAGGAGAUUCAAAGUGUUCUGUUUUUGAAGGGUGAUGCACAAGGUUGUCGGAGAGGUUGCACAGGAUAUUUAUCAAGGUGCUUAAUGAAAGAGUGCAGAAGUUAGAUUGUUUUGAGAUGAAAGAAGCAAAUUCGGCUACUCCUCCGCCAUUCUGUAUCGAGCUCCAAACAGUUUAGAUGGAUACUAGGUUUCAGGUUUUCUUCUCUGCUUCACACCAGACCAGAGCACUAACCGCAUAGAGCAUACUGCUGGAUGAGGUCUGGCAAACACUUACAUAUGAAGCUUGUUAUGUAUGUAGUUAGAUCCAAUGCCUUGUGAUAUCCCAGACUGCAGAUGCUGCCUAUGUCUGGAGGAAUUCGUAUUGCUCUUCGAUUUUGCCUGUUUUGAAUAUUGAGUAUCGGAACUUUGUUUCGUGAGACAUUGACGUCUUUUUAGUUUAUGUGAGUGGGGGAAUUCGAACUUUGGACC